GGAGAAGGUUUCAAAGAGCAAGACCGGGCCGUGUUAAUCACAUAGAGAGGGGGCGAGCGGAGACUGGCAGGGCAGCCUUCAACCUCCUCCAGUCAUCCUGGAGAGCGGCAGUGAGAGACAGGACGUUACUAAUUUUCUGAUGACAAUGAGAACAUAUAUUUUGUCAUCAUCCAUCAGCUUUUGAUCUUCCUCAAAGCUAACUUUCUCAUCACUGACUAGAAAAAAUACUUGAUUCAGAGGACAAAUGUGUCCUUUUUGACUGUCUUCCUUUUGGGGAUAGUGGGAGAAAGAAAGUUAAAUAGAAAGGAUUUACAACUGGAAGGAAAGAAAGAAGGCAAAAAGAAGCAAAUGCGCUGAUCAUAGAAACAAAGGAGAGGGGAGAGAAAGACAACAGAAAUUAAGAGCUAGAGAAAGUUAGAGGAGAGAGAGAGAGAGAGCAGGGAGAGACAGAGAGCGAGAGAGAGAGAGAGAAGGAGGAGAAGGAAGAGGAGGAGGAGGAAAAACUGACUUACUGCUGAGAAAGUUUCUCUUCUUAAGAAUUCUAGGUGAAGAAGUCACACAUGGCUCACAGCAUGAAAAGGAGGCAAUGGACAUGCAGCAUGUGAUCCUGGAGAAGCAGGAGUCCAGACCCAUGGGAGUCAGAGCCCAGGCCCUGGUGGCCUCUGCCCUGGCAUCUUUCAUCCAGCUGCCCGGGGCGAGAUGUGAGGAGAACUGUGCCACUGCAGACCCCUGCCUGACCACAGACUGGGUCCAUCUCUGGUAUAUAUGGUUGCUGGUGGUGAUCGGCGCGCUGCUCCUCCUGUGUGGCCUGACUACUGUGUGCUUCCGCUGCUGCUGCCCCAGUCGCCAGCAAAGUGGGGACGACAGGAGCCCGCCCCCCUACGAAGUGACUGUCAUCGCUUUUGACCAUGACAGCACUCUCCAGAGCACUAUCACUUCCCUGCAGUCAGUGUUCGGCCCUGCAGCUCGGAGAAUCCUGGCGGUGGCUCACUCCCACAGCCCCCUGGGCCAGCAGCCCUCCUCACCGGACAUGCUCCCAGGGUAUGAAGAAGCUCUGCACAUGAGUCGCUUCACCGUGGCAAGGUGUGGGCAGAAAGCACCCGACCUACCCCCCACGCCAGAGGAAGAGCAGCUGCCUGUCGUGCAGAAGGAGAGUCCCCAGAUGGAGCAUGCUCCAAACUGAUGGGAACUCAGACUUCAUAAAUGGGGUAGAGGUAUCCCCAGAAUCUGUAGGAAUCUACAGAAAAAUGGGAUACUUCCUUUUCCUACUGUCAGAAGGUCUAGGGUGGCAUCUAAGUAUUAGUCUGUGAAAAAGAUGGAUUCUAAUUCUUCACUCUCAGCCACGUGAGAAUAUUUCCUGACAUGGACAGCUCCACCAGGGAACUCUCAGUCUAUAUCCAACGUGGUGCAGAAUUUGCAAUUCACUGCAAAACCGUGUCAACUACGAUGAAAACAGGAAAGCACCAAGGGAUCUGAAUUCCUUCAAUGAGUGUGUAUAAAAUUCCUUGACCCAAAAGAUAUUGCAAUUUGUUUUUCUCUCUGCCAGUUGCUAGAUUGUGAUAAACUCGAGGAAAAGGAUGAGGGUGUAGGAUUGGCCACCUAUAUUAAGGCAGUGAACUCGCCCAUCUUUUCUGCCUGAGAGAACAAUGCAGGGUGGCUGAUGUGGACAAAGAGAACACAGUGUGGUAGUGAAGGGCCAAGUACCAGCUUUAUUUCAUGGUCCUUCCCACCAGCUAUAAAAAGCCCACCUAGAGUGCAGUAAUUUUUCUGUUAAUUUGUCAGUUCCUCCACCCUGAAAACACAUAUAUGUGCACACACAUAUACACACAUGCAUGGAGACAGUCCCCCUUUUCCAAUUUAAAGAAAUGCAUGGUUUUGCUUAUUUGUUCCUUGCUUGGACCGCUCACACAUCCAUAGUGAUACGCACUAGUCUAGGCUCUCACUGCCACCUGGUGGAGGUAUGGUGGAAAUACAUUUUCUCCUCUGGACCGUCUGCAAAACCUCCUUGGAGCACUGAGUGCUACACUAAACCUUGAUGAGAUCCUUCCCAGAGCACCAUUCUGUCAGGUACAGCAAAGCUAUCCAUUUGUCUAUGGGACACUCGACUUCCCCAAAGUACUGCUAUUGGAAAAUUGAGGAAUGUAUUUAGGGGAGAACUACUCUCCUUAGAUAAACACAGGUUUCUCAUCACAGGAUUGUUGUGAAGAUCAAGGAAGCUAAAUACAAGUGAUAUGACUUGUAAAGUAUUAUGCACUUGGACUUGUUAUUAUUCUUCUCAUUGUCAUCUCAUCUUCACCUGAUUGUUACGAUUCCCGGGAGAGCUCUUGUUUGUCCUUUGCCAGCCUGUUAUGUUGUUGCUAAGUCAUACCUUAGGUGGCUUUAUCAGUAAGUUGUUUGUCGAUAAGUAACUAGAGAUAUAAGUGAUUCCUUACAAUUUGUUGUAUGGAGAGACAGGGAAGACUUGAGACAACUGUGGUUUGUUAAGCAAUGAGCUCUCGUGCUCAGGGGGGCAUUCGGACCCAAGGACUGGCUGCUUAACACAGCACCUCAUUGCAUAAAUUCUUGGAACGUGCACUCGGCCCAUGCGAAGUGUGCCCUCAGUGAGUUUAACCUGCUGGUGAUCUGGAUUCGUACUGAGCCAUUUAUCAAAUUGCCUCUGGAAGUUACUGAAAGAGGUGAACUGUUGAUGGCACUUGAGGGGACCUUGUUUUAACACUGCUCAUUGAAUCAUUGAGUCAUCACGCAUUCUGUCAAAUACUCCAGGCUCUUUUGUCCUUUAAGACAUCACAGACUUGAAGAAGUUACAAUGUUGAUCUGCAUUAAAAGGUCUUGGAAGAAA